AUGAAAGAAGACACAAUCAUCAAUAGAUACAAGGGUUUCAAGCCUUUGCAAAGAAAACAAAAAUUAGACUCAAUCAAAUUAAGUUCCAUUUCUUCAUCAGAGUUUUACGAAAAAUAUGUUAGAACUAGGACUCCAGUUGUAAUUGAUGAUAUUUUGAAUGAGUUCAAAGAAAAUGGAAAUUAUUUAUUUCAGCAAUUUCAACCUGAAAACAUUGUUGACUUUUUGAAAAAGGAUGAUAACAACUCCCCAGUUUUGCAAAUUGAAAAAAAAUUCCAAGGAGGUUUUGGUUCAGGAAUUGCUAAAACAAAAAUGGGUUUUCAAGAUUUUAUUGAAGCACUCUAUGUUGGCAAUGAAGACCUUUAUUUGACAACCCAAUAUUAUAAUGAAGAGUCUCAUGAAAAUAACAACAUUGAAGAAAGCUCCGAUGAAAAUGAAGAUGAAAAUCAAGGGAUUUUAGAUUUUAAUGAUUUUCAAAGUUAUGAGCCAAAUUCUUCUGGUAAUAAUGUUAUUAAUGAUGAUGAUGAUGAUGAUGAUGAUGAUGAUGAUUCACUAGAUGAUUUUGAUUUUGAUAUUGAAAAUAUGCAUGAUGACUUUGAUGAAAUGAACAACAAUCUUUUAAUCAGCAAGGAAUUUGAAAAAGAUCCUUUGUAUUUACUGGAAGCUCGUACAAGAUUGUUUCAACUAUUUCAGACACCAUUAACAUACUCUUUACAACACGAAAUCAGUCUUCCUAUCAGACCAUCAUUUUUGAAUCUAGUAUCUCAACAAAUAAACUUGUGGGUUGGAUCUUCAUCAUCCGGUAUAAAAUCAUUUAGUUUAGACAAACUAGAUAUAAAAAAAGAUGACCUAGGCUUUGGCAAGCUUUUACCAACUGGUGGAACCUCAUCAGGCCUACACCAUGACCAUGCAGAUAAUUUGUAUAUUCCAAUAACUGGAACCAAAAGAUUUACAAUAUUUGCACCAAGUGAGGCUGAAAAUCUUUACACUGUUGGUGAUGUUGAUAUAAUAUAUGAAUCGGGCGUAAUUGAUUAUAAAACAAAUAAUAACGCACCUAGUUGGCAAAAAGUUAGAAGUGAUGGAGCAAUAAUUGAAAUCAACCUGAGCAAUUGCAAUGAAAAUGCUUCAAAGAAAUUGGAUCCACCAUCCUUUUCAAAGAUCCCUCCCAUACUAUUACAUUUAGAGAAUAUUUCUAAUCACAAAAACUUGGUGAAAGCAGCUUCUACAAAAUAUCCCAGAUUUUUCAAAGCAAUUCCAGUAGAAGUUACUCUCAAACCAGGGCAGAUGUUGUUUCUUCCCUGUGGUUGGUUUCAUGAGGUAUCUUCUUCUGGAGAAGAGAGAAAGGAUGGGCUUUCUAUUUACCAUCCUUCAAAUAACAUUCAUGUGGCCAUCAAUUACUGGUUUUUUCCUCCAGAUAGCCAUUCAUUCAAUCAGCCAUACAAUGAUAAAUUUUGGGAGAACGACUUCAAAAGAACACUGAUGUCAUAUAACGAGCAUUUGAAGAAGAGAUUCAAAAUAUGA